AUGCUUCACGCUUCUGCCAUCUACACCAACCUUUUCGCCGCGGUACUCGCCGCUGGCAACCCUCUCCUGCCCCGCACCGUUGACAAACUCAACAAUGUCGCUUUCAAGGAGGCCCAACAGCGCGACGAUGCGGCCACCCGCGCUCUCGCCAACGUGCAGAUCAAAACGGCCGACGACCGCUGUCUCUUUGUCGAUGUCCUCUCCGGCGACUCCCGCGCCAACCUGACGCCGCUCCAAAUCGCCGACUGCAGCAGCGUGUCCGCCGGCCAAGGCUUCGACGUGGUCACCAAGGGCAAGCACAAUGACAAGCAGGACCAGGCGCUCGUGGUGAGCACCCUGACCCAGGCCUGCCUGAGCUUUGAUCCACGACGGCCGUCGGAUUCCCAGGUGCACAUGUUCUCCUGCGGUGGGCGAGCGGACGGCGGCGGCGAGGUGUCUGACUCGCAGCUCUUUGCGUUUAACAGCACCGGGGGCACCGAGGGCACCAUUGCGCUCACGCCGCAAAACAGCCCCGGCCAGUGCCUGGUAGCGGCCGUUGACAAGGUCGUCAUCGCCGUCUGCGACGACAAGGACGACAAGCAAAAAUUUACCUUUGGUGGCGACGCCGGAAAGAGCAGCGAUGGGAAUAUUAGUCAGAGCAGACAGCCCACGCCUAGCUCGACCGUUGUUGGUGAGACACCCAGCGCCGACGUUGACCUCUCGAGCACCGCGAAGCCUUCCAAGUCACUGAACAUUUCAACGCCUCUACCUCUGAGACCUCCCGCUCCAUGCAGCUUUAAUAUUUCAACCACCACCAGUAUUGUUACUGUCACUACCUUGCCAACGCAGACGCCCGCCCCGGGCAAAAAAGACGGCAAAAUCAGCGAUAUUGCUGACUGUAACGGUGGCAGCAAGAAGAAUGGCACCAGCACCGACACUAAUGGUAGCGAGAACAACGGCAUCGGCACGAAUACUGGUGGUAGCAACAACGUCAGUGGCAGUAAUAGCACUGUGGACUGCAACGGCAACAAGGACAACGACGCCGCAUCCAACAGUCGCAACGCGACGGCCACCACCACUCGCUUGCCCAACGGCCAGCACACGGCCAACCCGACCACUCAAGUUCCCGUCUCGGGCGCCGGCGGAAGUCUCAACCCAACCGCCGCCGCCGCCGCCAACCAGUUUGACACGACGGCCGACCGUGCCCUCGAGAGCAUCAACCUGCGCGCCCCCGACGGCCGCUGCCUGAGCCUCGACCCGACCGCGGGCGAUUCUCGCCAGAACCUCAUCCCCGUCGGCCUCGCCACGUGCAGCGAGGACUCGCGGCAAAAAUUCGACGUCGUGACGCGGGGCAAGCACAACGACGGCAAGGACGGCAAGGCGCUGCUGGUCAGCGUCCUGACGAAUGGGUGCCUAAGCUUCGACAAGGGCGAAACGGCAACGUCUCAGCUGUUCCCGUUUGACGCCAGCAAAAACACCACCAUGGUCCUUCAGCCCAGCUCCGACGGCGGCAAGUUUUGUCUUGUGGCUGGCAAGGACAAGUUGGGCUCGGCCAGCUGCGAUAACCAAAAGGAUCAAGUUUUUGAGCUUGUCGAGGUUCUCCAGUCCACAGCUGCCAAGCUGGCUGCUAGUGCUGGUAAAUGCUAA